AUGAACGACACACUAUCACCGGACAUGAUCAGUCGGUUCCGUGAUCUGAAGAUGCUGGAGUCUGGCGAAGGGCCUAGGCCACCGAUGCAGCAAAGCCCGGACGGGAGACACCACGGCGGAGCGUUUGCUGGCCAAUCCGCGGCCACCAAGUCUCAGUUCAUUCCGGCCAUUUGCAACUUUCAAACGGCACGGAAAAUGGCACAGGAGAAUCUCGAGCACCAGCCGCUACCGGAUGCAGUCAUCGAUAUUGCAUUUCGGAAAGCGCAGGCCACCGGCUACCCUAACCCGGGCACGGAGCUGAGCGUCGGACCCUAUGCAACCGGUGUCGGCUGUAAAAACUAUAAAGCGGGCCCGACCAAAUGCACCAAGUACCGGGUGUAUCGUCCGAAGACGUGCGGCGUGAUACCGAAGGUUUCGAGCGCCCUUGAUACUCCGGAGCGGCCGGAGAGUAUGCGCGUGAAGAAGAAGGUCGGGGCGAUGGAUCUGGCCAUCGGGUGGGAGUUUCGCACCAAGCACGAGCCCCGCUCACAAACGUACAUGGACGGUUCGAAGCAGUCCGUGGCACCGCCAAUCUUUGAAGUCGUCGAACCAGCGAAGGAUCUCAACCUGCCGGCCGUGGUACACGCCGGAGGAGUAUUUUCCAACACUCUCGGUGAGGAGGACUUUUUCGACCGCGAUGUCAUCCGCCAGCACAAGCGUCUGGUGCGUCCCACAAGCAACCGCUGUAAGUGUGGCAACGGGUCGGCACGGUCCUCCAAACCCGGCACAGCCCGCGAGCAAAGACAACAGCGCAAAGCGGAUGCCAAACGUGCGGAAGCGCACCAGCAGCAACAGGACCAACUCGAGGAUACACCGCCGAUGGAGAUAAACAACAACAGUCUACCAGCUGUCCGCUCGCACGGGUCACAGGGCAAGGAGCGGAUUAUGGAGGAGAUGCAUCGUAGCCAGCACGCCAACGCGCCAAACAGUGCCAACUCAAUGGAGCGGAAGCUCCACGAUACGGUUGUGACGCAUGCGGAAAAAAUCGAACGAUUCUGCCAUCAGUUUGCGCCGGAGGAGUUCCCGUACAAGUUUCACCAGGAGUAUCGGUGCGCCUUCAAGGCGGGCAUUCCGCAGAGCAACGUGUCGGGGACUCUGAGCAGCUUCGACACCGGACCAGCCUCGGGCCAGCGCAAACCCGCCGCAGACUACAAAAAGCUGCUCCACAUCCCGAAGCCGCGGGAACCGUACACAAAGAAAAACUACGUCAUUGACACGCUCGCGCCUCCGUUUGCGUUCUGGAAGAAGGGUUCUGGUUACCCGGACUACUGGCGGCUGAUCAGCGUUUACCAGCAGGCGUACAAUAAGCCGAUUGAGAAGAGAAAGUAG